AUGGCUUUACUAACAUCACAGAAUAACUUUACAGAAGCUAUUCCUUCACAAUUAGAAGUUUUCGAGAUACCUCCAUACCAGUUAGGAGUUGAGUCAAUUUCGUAUGAAGAAUGUCGGCCUACAUCACAAGUAACAGCCUACAACCCAAUAGAAUUUAAUUUGUGUGCCCAGAACGGACUAGAAUACAUCGAUCUCAGACGGUCGAAACUGUAUGUUAAGUUGCGUGUAAAACAUAGCAAUGGAGACAAUAUUGCUAUAGAUUCAAAGGUGGCACCAGUAAAUGGAUUUUUCUAUGCACUUUUUUCUCAAGUCGACUGUUACAUACAAGGUUCACUGGUAUCAUCAAGUAAUACCAACUACUCGUACAAAUGCAUGAUGAAAACGCUACUCGAUUAUGGACAAGAUGCAAAAGCAUCACAACUAACGAGUGCGUUGUUUUAUAAGGACAGAAGUGGACACAUGGACUCAUUUGAUACUAACACGGGUCUUUACGAAAGGAAAAAACUGAUAGGUAAUUCUAAGAGCCUUGAUAUGGAAGGAAUGUUGUUUCACGAUCUUUUUGAAAUGGAUCGUUACUUAUUAAAUAUGGUUGACGUAAAAUUGAAACUUUUCAGAAGUAGACCGAGUUUCUGUCUAAUGUCAAGCGAAGACGAUGCGGACUAUGAUGUUGUCAUUGAAGAUAUUGUCGUUAAAGUGUGUAAAAUUAAGGUCAAUCCAGCUAUAAUUUUUGCUCAUUCGGAAGCAUUGAAAUCAACGAAUGCUAAAUAUCCCUAUACAAAAACAGUAAUGAAACAUAUUACUCUUAUGAUGGGUAGUACGAAUGCAGUGUUGGAGAACAUUUUCCAAGACGUGAAACCAAAACGAAUCAUCAUGGGUCUAACUUCGACAAACGCCGUGAACGGUGAUUAUCAACUUAAUCCGUGGAAUUUUCAACAUUUUGACUUGCAACAAAUAACUUUGUACUGUGAUGGAGUUCCUGUAGAUGGAAUUCCUCUGAAACUACAAUUCAACGAAGACAGGGGUGCAACAAAUGUUGCAGCAUACGUUAAAAUGUUUCAAAACUGUGGAAAGUGGGGCGGAGAUGCGGGGAAUGAAAUAACUAGAUCGGACUUCAACAAUGGAUAUGCUUUAUUCUGUUUUGAUUUACAACCUCACUUUUCAGAUGCCAACUAUCUGUCACUGGUAAAGCAAGGAAAAGUAAGACUUGAAUGUCAUUUUGCAUCACCCUUACCAGAAACUGUCUCUUUACUCAUUGUAGCCGAAAACUCUGGCUAUUUUGAAAUAACGGAAAAUCGUCAGAUCAAAGUAGAACACUAA